UGGGUUUGGAGGCUUUGAGAUUGGCUUUUUGAUUUGGCUUCUUGCGGCAGCUUAAUGGGCAAAGCUCUCGGCUCGCCCAGAAACCACCCCUGCGAGCGUCCCUCGCGCGCGGCGAGGCCGAGACGUCUCCCGCGGUGACGGCGUGCGAGGCGGAGAGCCGGCGCGCUCCCAGCCCCGGGAAAGCCCCGGCGACGCGGCUGCGAGCCCAAGCCGGGGUCCCUCGGAGCCGCCAGGGCGCGCCGGGCUGCGCGCCUUCCUGCCUCUCCCGGCCGGGAUCCCCCGCCGUCUGCGGCCGGGACUCGGGGCCUCUCUCGGGCGUAGUCUCGAGCCCGCGCCCGGGGUCGGGGUUUUCCCUGUUCCUUAAAUCGGCGCGGAGGGACCCCUCCCCGGUCCCCCUCGCCCUGGACCUCGCGCUCCAGAUGCCCUGUCCCGCAGCUCCCUGACAGCUGCGAGCCCACGAGCCCCGGCCGGCGGGCAGCGGCGGCGGCGGCGGACUGACAUGUCCCGGUCGCGGCUGCGGCCGGCGGGCAGCCCGCGGGGGCGAUGAGCCGCUGCGGCCGCUGAGGAGCCCGGCGGCGGGGGCAUCGCGCGCCUUCCUCUCCCGCUUGGGAGGCCGAGAGGAAACGAUUACUGAGGCUGUAUGAAGAAAGUAAAAUUGAGAACUAGCAAGAAUUGGGAGAGGUCUCUGGCCUGUCAGGACAACCAUUGGUGCUGCGGUGGAAGCCAGCGGCUAAGUCUCGUGUAUGGCGUGGUUAAGGUUGCAGCCUCUCACCUCUGCCUUCCUCCAUUUUGGGCUGGUUACUUUUGUGCUCUUUUUGAAUGGUCUUCAGGCAGAGGCUGGUGGAUCAGGGGAUGUGCCCAGCACAGGGCAGAACAAUGAGUCCUGUUCAGGGUCAUCUGACUGCAAGGAGGGUGUCAUCCUACCAAUCUGGUAUCCAGAGAACCCUUCCCUUGGGGACAAAAUUGCCAGGGUCAUUGUCUAUUUUGUGGCCCUAAUAUACAUGUUCCUUGGGGUGUCCAUCAUUGCUGACCGCUUCAUGGCAUCUAUUGAAGUCAUCACCUCUCAAGAGAGGGAGGUGACUAUCAAAAAGCCCAACGGAGAGACCAGCACAACCACAAUUCGGGUCUGGAAUGAAACUGUCUCCAACCUGACUCUUAUGGCCCUGGGUUCCUCUGCUCCUGAGAUACUCCUCUCUUUAAUUGAGGUGUGUGGCCAUGGGUUCAUUGCUGGUGAUCUGGGACCUUCCACCAUUGUAGGCAGUGCAGCCUUCAACAUGUUCAUCAUCAUUGGCAUCUGUGUCUAUGUGAUCCCUGAUGGAGAGACUCGCAAGAUCAAGCACCUGCGAGUCUUCUUUGUCACUGCUGCUUGGAGUAUCUUUGCCUAUGUCUGGCUCUAUGUGAUCCUGGCAGUCUUCUCUCCUGGGGUGGUCCAGGUUUGGGAAGGCCUUCUCACGCUCUUCUUCUUCCCAGUGUGUGUCCUUCUGGCCUGGGUGGCAGAUAAACGACUGCUCUUCUACAAAUACAUGCAUAAAAAGUACCGCACAGAUAAACACCGAGGAAUUAUCAUAGAGACAGAGGGUGACCACCCUAAGGGCAUUGAGAUGGAUGGGAAAAUGAUGAAUUCCCACUUCCUAGAUGGGAACCUGGUGCCCCUGGAAGGGAAGGAAGUGGAUGAGUCCCGCAGGGAGAUGAUCCGAAUUCUUAAAGAUCUGAAGCAAAAACACCCAGAGAAGGACUUAGAUCAGCUGGUGGAGAUGGCCAAUUACUACGCUCUUUCCCACCAACAGAAGAGCCGCGCCUUCUACCGGAUCCAAGCCACCCGUAUGAUGACUGGUGCAGGCAAUAUCCUGAAGAAACAUGCAGCAGAACAAGCCAAGAAGGCCUCAAGCAUGAGCGAGGUGCACACGGAAGAGCCUGAGGACUUUGUCUCCAAGGUCUUCUUUGACCCGUGUUCUUACCAGUGCCUGGAGAACUGUGGGGCUGUACUCCUGACAGUGGUGAGGAAAGGGGGAGACAUGUCUAAGACCAUGUACGUGGACUACAAAACAGAGGAUGGUUCUGCCAACGCAGGCGCUGACUAUGAGUUCACAGAGGGCACUGUGGUCCUAAAGCCAGGAGAGACUCAGAAAGAGUUCUCUGUGGGCAUCAUCGAUGAUGACAUUUUUGAGGAGGAUGAACAUUUCUUUGUGAGGUUGAGCAAUGUCCGCUUAGAGGAGGAGCAGCCCGAGGAGGGGAUGCCGCCAUUGAUACUCAACAGUCUCCCCUUGCCGCGGGCUGUCCUAGCAUCCCCUUGCGUGGCCACAGUUACUAUCUUGGAUGAUGACCAUGCAGGAAUCUUCACUUUUGAAUGUGAUACUAUUCACGUCAGUGAGAGUAUUGGUGUUAUGGAGGUCAAGGUUUUGCGGACAUCAGGUGCCCGGGGCACAGUGAUCGUCCCCUUUAGGACAGUAGAAGGGACAGCCAAGGGUGGUGGUGAGGACUUUGAAGACACAUAUGGGGAGCUGGAAUUCAAGAAUGAUGAAACUGUCAAAACAAUUCACAUCAAGGUAAUUGAUGAUGAGGCGUAUGAGAAAAGCAAGAAUUACUUCAUUGAGAUGGUGGGCCCCCGCAUGGUGGAUAUGAGUUUUCAGAAAGCGCUCCUGUUAUCUCCAGAUGUGACAGACAGGAAGCUGACUGUGGAGGAGGAGGAAGCCAAGAGGAUAGCAGAGAUGGGAAAGCCAGUAUUGGGUGAACACCCCAAACUGGAGGUCAUCAUUGAAGAGUCCUAUGAGUUCAAGACUACAGUGGACAAGCUGAUCAGGAAGACAAACCUGGCCUUGGUUGUGGGGACCCAUUCCUGGAGGGACCAGUUCAUGGAGGCUAUCACUGUCAGUGCAGCUGGGGACGAGGAUGAGGAUGAGUCAGGGGAGGAGAGGCUGCCAUCUUGCUUUGACUAUGUCAUGCACUUCCUGACGGUCUUCUGGAAGGUGCUGUUUGCCUGCGUGCCCCCCACAGAGUACUGCCACGGCUGGGCCUGCUUCGUCGUCUCCAUCCUCAUCAUCGGCAUGCUCACCGCCAUCAUCGGGGACCUGGCCUCCCACUUCGGUUGCACCAUUGGUCUCAAGGAUUCCGUCACAGCUGUUGUUUUCGUGGCAUUUGGCACCUCUGUGCCAGAUACGUUUGCCAGCAAAGCUGCUGCCCUCCAGGAUGUGUACGCAGACGCUUCCAUUGGCAACGUUACAGGCAGCAAUGCUGUCAACGUCUUCCUGGGCAUUGGCCUGGCCUGGUCCGUGGCCGCCAUCUACUGGGCCCUGCAGGGACAGGAGUUCCACGUGUCAGCCGGCACGCUGGCCUUCUCCGUCACCCUCUUCACCAUCUUUGCAUUUGUCUGUAUCAGCGUGCUCUUGUACCGACGGCGGCCCCACCUGGGCGGGGAGCUCGGUGGCCCCCGUGGCUGCAAGCUUGCCACGACUUGGCUCUUUGUGAGCCUGUGGCUCCUCUAUAUACUCUUUGCCACACUGGAGGCCUAUUGCUACAUCAAAGGGUUCUGAACCUCAGAACAAGGCCUCCAGCAGGGAGGCCUAGGACUUCUCCUAAGAGAAGGGCACUUCCCCACCAGUGACCUCUCCAGGAUGAGCAGCCCUGGAGAGACAGCAUCAGGACCCGAGCCCCAGGAACUUCACCCGACCUAGACCCUGGCAGUGAACUGAAAGGGCAAAGUCUUAAUCAAUCAAACAGAAUGAAGGAAACACCCACUUUACAAAGUAUUUAGUUACUUACAAACCAACAGCAGCAACAAAUCCACCUCCACCCCAUCUUCCCACCCAUGUCCCUGACCCAUAGCAAAGGUCAGACCCUUUCACCUCCUGCUAUUCCACCUUCUGAUUAUUCCUUUGCCUCUGUUUUCUCUGGGGGCAGGGUGUCUCCUGUCUGUCCAAUUCGAUACAUCACAGUUCUCUCGCUCAGCUGGCACAGCAUAAAAAUCAGUCAUAUCCCCGUGGCUAGCUUGGGGUUCUCUUUUCCUUAUAGUCAUUAUUGUGGUUGCUUUCGUUUUUCCAUCAGGUUCUGCUUGCUGUUUUGUCUUGUCUUUUCUUCCUGAAGUUAGUGUCAAAGGUGCCAUGAAGGAACUCCAGGUGGGAGCCGACAGAUGUAGGCAUGCACUUGCAGACACUCACCCUCCAUCCUCACAGGCUGGGAGACAUCUCUUGGCUCCAUCGAACUCCUUUUGCUCUCUGAGUUCUUUGGAGGACUGGUGGCGUUUGGGUGGAAGUAAGCUUGCACACUCACACGGGGGCACUAAGGAGCAGGGGCUUCUACCGGAGCAGGGGGAGCUUUCUGUGCUUAUGCUCAAAUCAAGUCAAAAACAAAAGCAACUGUCCUCUUCCCUUCCCAAGCCUUUCUGAUUCCGUGUGUGUCACGUCAGUGUCUAUAUGUGCAUCCUUCCGCAGGGAGACCGCCGAGUGGGAGACACGAGACGAAAAUAGGAACGUGUGUGAUGACAAAGGGCAGCUGGGGAAACAAAAGAGACAUGUGCCUUCUUGAGUGUCUUUGGCUUUGUAUCUGAGGCAGGAGAGAAGAAAUGUCCAGCCAGAGGGAUCUCUAAGGCAAAAAGAUGAUAUCGAAAAUGUCAGUGUUUCUGAGAAAUGUCGGCUUCACCACCCCUUGUUUCCUAAUGUGCCACACUAGGAAGGCAGACUGUAUUUCUUGAAGUGAUGCAAAACCUCAGAGGUUUAUAAGAGAACAAGGGGCUCCUUCCACCUCUCCUUGGCCCUCAGGUUCCGAACGAAAGCAUUUUCACAAGACAGCAACUGGAAUUCCUCAUUUUCCCCACAUUCCUGCUUGUUUCUAAACCUCAUGAAGCUGUUUUUCCAGCUUACGGGGUAUUUCUUGCCCUAGUAAUAGGAAUCUUAGUUGCCAUAAUCCCAUGGAGCCUGGAUUUAUAGAAAAAACAAAAAAAAAGAUUCCCAUGCUCUCUGGAUCUUUUCCCAAUAGAUUCUGAAAGGACCUGGCUUUAAAAACACACACACACAUGAAUAAACACACAUACAACAUCAUCACGAAACUGCCCACAGACCUUUAUGCUUCCUGCAUUGACAUAAAUACAUUUUCUAAGGGGGAGAAAAGAAAUUUAAAAACACCUGUUUAAUUUUAAACACAUUUUUUAAAGAAAAAAAUAACUAAAAAAGAAACAGUGCUUGUGUCAUAAGCUAUGUGGACAGUUGCCAGUGGAAAUGUUGGGUUGGUUUUAAAAAAAUAAAUAAAAGCUAUACUUAUAUCUCUCUA